AUGACUACCCAAGCUGUAAAGAUCUUUGGCCCUGGAAAGGCAGAGAUCGCCGAAGUUCCUAUACCCAAGCUACGCGACGGCUAUGUGCUUGUUAAUGUCAAAGCCGUUGGUCUCAAUCCCACAGACUGGAAAGCACUGUAUCGCACGGAACCCCCCACGGGUUCUCGGAGUGGCUGCGAUUAUGCCGGUAUCGUUGAGGAAGUUGGCGGUAAUCUCCGCAAGCCUUUUAAGAAGGGCGAUCGCAUUGCUGGCAUGGCGCAUGGCGCGUAUUCACAGGAGCCUGACUUUGGCGCCUUUGGGCACUAUAUGAUCGCCAUGGCCGACGUUGCGAUGAAAAUCCCAGAUAAUUUGUCCUUUGAGGAGGCGGCGACCUUGGGCGUUUCCAUUGUAACUGUGGGCCAGGGCCUGUACAGAGCUCUUGAGCUUCCUUUACCUACAGCGCCCUUGAGAAGUCCGGAGCCGCUGCUCAUCUAUGGCGGUAGCACAGCUACUGGUAUCUUUGGUAUACAGUACGCCAAGUUGUCCGGCCUGACUGUUGCCGCCACGGCAUCGCCGCACAACCACGACUACCUAAAGUCUUUGGGUGUAGACGCCGUGUUUGACUACAAGUCGCCUCAAUGUGCCGCUGAUAUCAAGGCUUGGGCUGAGGGGCAGGGUAAACAGCUGCGCAAGGCGUGGGACUGUAUUGGCAGCGAAGCAAGCGCGACUAUAUGCGCAGCUGCCUUAAGUCAUGAUGAGGAGGGCUCCAUUUACGCCUCGCUGAUUCCCGUAGACCACAAGACGCUGCUCGCUACGAAUCCAGGGGUCAAAGAGUCACUUUGGACGCUGGGCUAUGAUGUUUUUGGUUAUUCGUACCAGGCCAUGGGCAAAGAGAGGCCUGCAAGCCUGGAGGAGCUUCAGCAUGGCCAUAAGUUCUGGGAUUUAGCCCGGGAUUUACUUGAGCAGGGCCAGAUCAAGACCAUCCGGCCGACGGUGAACAGAGACGGGUCCGGUUUGGAUGGCGUAUUGAAAGGACUGGCUGAGCUACAGGAGGGGAAAGUGAGCGGAGAAAAGCUGGUGUACACCUUGUGA